AUGAGCUACUAUGGCAACUGCUAUGGUGGCUUUGGCUAUGGCCUCGAUGGCUACGGUGGCCUGGGCUACAGCUGUGCUUCCAGCUGUGGUCUUGGUGGCUAUGCUGGUUAUGGCUGUGGAUCUUGCCUUGAACAGCAAACCAAACUCACCACCCCUGACACCAUGAGCUACUGCGGCGGCUACUACGGAGGCCUGGGCUGUGGCUAUGGCUAUGGCCUCGGUGGCCUGGGCUAUGGCUGUGGCUAUCGCGGCUACGGAUAUGGACCUUUCUAUGGAGGCUACGGAUAUGGCUGCUAUCGUCCAUGGAACUAUGGAAGAUACUGGUCUGGCUGCUGCUGA